UGUAUAAAAGGGGAGGACAGUCGGAGAGGAGGAAGAGAGAUACAGCAGGAUCUCAGUAGGAUCAACCCAACUCCGGAGAACUGUUCAAUACAGACUGCAAAGACAGAAAUGGCAGACGUUGCAACUGCCGCUGAAAAGAAGGCCCCCCCUAAAUUCAAGCAGAGGACUACCCGUACCUUCAAGAGCAAGGCCCCCAAGCCUGGCCAGAAGGGAUUCGGUGACGACAUCCCCGGCAUGGAGGGUCUCGGCACAGACAUCACAGUGGUCUGCCCAUGGGAAGCUUUCGGUGACAUGGAACUCAGUGACCUGGCGAAAUAUGGAAUUGUUUAGACGCCCUACCCCUCCUUCCCUCCCCUCGACCACCCCCUCCACUUCUCUUUCCUUCCCUCUCCUCCUUUCUGGACCCUGAGGUCAGGGAGUCCAGUACUCUGAACUGAUUCUUGUUGUUUUGUUAUGCCAUCUUGUACAAGGCGCUUCCACUUUGACAUCAGCUCGGUGUUUAAGAGCCGGGCGUACUCACUCGGGUGCACUACCGACCCUGAGAGCCGGGCGUACUCGGGUGCACUACCGACCCUGAGAGCCGGGCGUACUCGGGUGCACUACCGACCCUGAGAGAAAUGGUGAAGUCACACAAACACACAGUGAUACUUGGGAAAUAUGCACACACCAGCUUUAAACUGAAGACACAUAAUACCAAACCUCAUCCUGCCACUGUCCUCCUGUAGAAAUCUCACGUAAAUGACCAGCUAAGCAAUGUCCUAACAACUGAAGUCAAAUGGCACUCAAGUUAUAUGAAUAAGACAUGUAAUGUAUAAUAGUGAUGUGCAUUCGCUUUCUGCGGUCUGGUAGGUAAAUAAACGGUCAUGUCAGUGAAGCUUACUUCGACACUACUACUAGUUUCACUGGUGCACUUCCUGAGAGAGAAGCUGGACUAAAUUUACAAAUGUUAUUAAAGAGGGUUUGAUUAAGCGUU